GUACUUUUCGGGCUAUUGCGGUAGCAUUCUGUAGCAUUAUGGGCUGACCACGUUAUCACCAACGCUAGCAACCACAUCUUGAACGAGCUCCACCAGCUGUACUACGGUCCGCAUGGAUGGCAUGGAUGGCUGGGUUGAUUACAUUCAUUUCUCAUUCUUCGGUGAACAUGUCCUCUUUAGUUCUCUGCGCCUGAACACCUUUUGGGAUUUCUUCCUCGGUGUCCUCCUGACUUCUGUCAUAUGUUUGUCUGAGAGACUCUUAUCAUUUGCUAUUAGCAAGCAUUGGCGUCCUCAUUUAAUUGGUCGUUCGCGACUAGCAAAGGCAUUGUGGAGGGCAACAUUGUACGGUGUAGCAACAACACUUAGACUAUUGUACAUGCUUAUUGCCAUGUCAUACCAAGUAUGUCUCAUCCUUGCCGUUGUCGUUAUGUUGUCAGUCGGACAAUUCUUCUUCGAGUAUGUAGAUGCUGCCCCAGCAAAGUCAACCACCUAUGAUAAAAUUAGAGAUCCUCUCCUGGAUUCCGAGAGCGAAGACGACUCAUAUCAUAUGUCUACGCGGUCAUGGCAGCCCAGAUCGCGCCAAACGAAGUCGAAACCCGAAGCUAUCGUCAUUCACCCCGUUGACUCUAACCUCGCCCGCGCCGAUGCCGCGGCGCAGGUGCUUGGCAUAGCUGGUGACACUGAGCGAGUGAAAGUCAAUCGCUAUCCUGUUGACCAGGAUGCUUGGGAGUAUGGGAAGGGUAGAGACGUAGCCCGACAGUUACUUGGAAGCACAGCACGACGUUCGCAGUCCCCGCAAGCUCAGAUUUCUGACGACGCUUGAAGCUUGAACUCCGAGUUAUUGUUUACGAACUUGUUCUAGCACGUCAGAUCGUAAUAGUAUAAAUUAAUUUUACAAGCUAU